AUGGUCGUCGGUCGGACCUGGCAGCGCUGCUGCUGCCCCGUCCCCACGCUGCUACGGAAGCGCCCUCGCGCCAGUCUGCCGCCAGCACGACAGAGCUCGAGACUCUUCUUCUCCAUCAUCGCGCCCCGCGACUACCGGGAAGCCCUGAGCAGGCUCGCGCAGCUGCAGGCCAACCGCGCCGUCACGCAGCUUUUCGACAGGCCGCCCGGGGCAGCCCGCGACCAGGAGGAUCUGAACGCCGCGGCGAUUCCCGAGAUGGCGGGCUGGCUCGCGCGGGCGGGCUACGCGCCGCAGGACCUCGCGCGCAUGCGGCACAUCCACGUGGCGGGCACCAAGGGCAAGGGGUCGGUGUGCGCGUUCGCCACGUCCGUGCUGCGGCAGUACGCCGACGGGCCGGUCGGCACCUACACCAGCCCGCACCUGGUCAGCCCGCGGGAGAGGAUCGCCGUGGACGGCCGCCCCGUGUCGCAGGACGUGUUCGCCAGGGGCUUCUUCGAGCUGUGGGACCGCUUCACCGAGCAGGCCGUCCGGCGGGACGGGGCGGACGCCGCCGCCGCCGCCGCCGCCGCCGCCGCCGAGGCCCGCGGCCCGGCCACCAAGCCCUUCUUCUUCCGCUACAUGACCAUCCUGGCCUGGCACCUGUUCCUGCAGCAGGGUGUGGGGGACGUCGUGAUGGAGUGCGGCAUCGGGGGCGAGCACGACGCGACAAACGUGCUCCCCGCCGAGGCGGUGUCCGCCGCCGUCAUCUGCCGCCUGGGCCGGGACCACGUCGCCAUGCUGGGCGGCUCCCUCGACCAGAUCGCCUGGCACAAGGCGGGCAUCUUGAAACCCGGCGUGAGGGCCUUCACCGUCAACGUGGAGCGCAGCCAGCCCUCGGUGAUGCGGGUCCUGCGGCGCCGCGCGGCGGAGCGCUCCGCCUCCCUCGUGGAGCUCGACCCGGACGCCGUGCGCUCCUGGGGCGGCGUCCGCGGCGGCAGCCUCCGCGGCGACUUCCAGGCGACCAACCAGGCGCUGGCCGUCAUGGCGGCGCAGCAUCACCUCGGCCUCGAGCCGCCCUCGCUCGCGGCCCUGCCGGACAAGAUGGUCCGAGGGCUCAGGGAGGCAGCGCUGCGGGGCCGGUGCGAGAUCCUCCGCCGCCGGGCCGCGACGUGGCUGCUCGACGGGGCUCACACGGCAGAGAGCCUCGACCAAGUGGCCAGGUGGCUGGCGCGCGAGCUGCAGCCCGACGACCGAGGGGUCGUCCUCGUCUUCAACCAGCAGGAGCGGGAUGCCGCGGGGCUGCUGCGGCACCUGCUCGCGGCGGUGGGCAGGGAAACGGGCACAAGCGGCGUCUUCCGCCACGCGCUCUUCGCCAGGAACGAGCGGAGGGCCCAGGCGCCGCCGGGGGGGCGUGAUGCGUUGUCCGUCCAGCGGGACGCCGCCGCGGCCAUGAGGGAGGCCAGUCCGCGGUCCCAGACGGCCGUGUUUGGCAACGUCGACGAUGCGGUGCACGAGGCAGAGCGCUUGGUUGCUGGUGGAGGCAAGGUGCUGGUGACGGGGAGUCUGCAUCUCGUCGGGGGGGUGUUGCAGGUCCUGGAGCCGGACAGUCUAUUGUGA